CAUUUAUUUUGAAAUGUGAGACCGGAUGUCAGGUUAUAGUGUUCCUGACUAUUGACGUCGCUCUCCAAAAUCAGCAAAGGAAAGUGAAGCCGGCGCCGAGCAUCGUUUAGGAGACGGAAGGUGUCUCCAUGUUCGCCUCUGCCGGCACUCUGGAGGAGCAGUAGCCGCCAUGUCGUAGACUUCCCGCCGGGCGUUUGGAUGAAGCCUAUAGGGGAGCGCAGCAGGGAGGACGCGGGGCGGCUGUAACCGAGGGAGUGGAGGAUGUACUGGGCUGCUGGCUUCGCCUCCUCCCGGCCGUGUGUGGUCGAACUCGGCCGGAACCACAGCCUGCCACUCGGGCUGUGCGCCUCUGAGCAGCAGAACUCUUUGUAUGGCUAUAUAAUUGCCUUCCCUCUGCAGGACUACGGAGGCAUCAUGUCGGUGCUGGGCUCGGACUCCUGGUGGAAGAAGACCCUGUACAUCACCGGGGGGGCCCUGUUGGCCGCGGCUGCCUACCUACUGCACGAGCUGCUCACCAUCAGGAAGGAGCAGGAGCUGGACUCAAAAGACGCCAUCAUCCUUCACCAGUUCUCCAGGCCAAAGAAUGGCGUGCCCAGCCUCUCACCCUUCUGCCUCAAAAUAGAGACGUACCUGCGUAUGGUGGAUCUGCCCUACCAGAACUACUUUGAUGGGAGGCUGUCGCCCCAGGGUAAGAUGCCCUGGAUCGAGUACAACCACGAGCAGGCGUCAGGGUCAGAGUUCAUCGUGGACUUCCUGGAGGAGAAGCUGGGCGUCAACCUCAACAGUAACCUCACCCCGCAGGAGAGAGCUGUGUCACGAGCCAUCACCAAAAUGGUUGAGGAGCACCUCUACUGGACGAUAGCUUACUGUCAGUGGGUGGACAACUUGGAGGAAACCCAGAAGUUUCUGUCCAUGAGCGGCCCACUGAGCGACACACUAAAGUGGCUGCUGAGCCACCUGAAUGGCAGCAUGGUGCGCAGAGAGAUGUACGGCCAUGGCAUUGGACGCUUCUCCAAGGAGGAGGUCUACACCCUGAUGGAGAAGGACUUGCGGACUCUGGCUACACUGCUGGGUGAUAAGAAAUACUUUAUGGGCUCUAAGAUGUCAACACUAGAUGCCACAGUGUUUGGACAUCUAGCGCAGGCUAUGUGGACUCUACCUGGGACACGACCCGAACAACUUAUUAAAGGGGAGCUGAUCAACCUGGGUAUGUUCUGCGAGCGAAUGCGGAGGAGGUUCUGGCCCGAGUGGUUUGUGGAGGUGGAGGAUCUUUAUUACGAUGGAGACAGUGAGAGCAGCAGUGGCGGCGGUGGCGGUUCCCCUACAGGCCUGCUGGACUUUGGCCUCUUCUCUAGGACUGACACUCUGGAAGACAGCGAGGCCAGCACCCACUCAGCCAGGCCCACUCACUCACACUCCCCCGACUCUAACCACUCGCUGUUUGACUCUGAUGUGGGAACGGGGUCUGACAAUGACAUUCAGCUUAAGGAGGAACUAAUGCCGGACCUGGAGGUCUGACCUGAGAAUGGCUUUGAUAGGCUGAGGGAAUGACACUGACAGAAGGCUGGAGCAAUCGGUUUUUGCUUUAUAAACCUGGUUGAAAGAGUCCGUCCAGACUGAGCUCUCACUGCUGAAGAAACUCUUCCAGCUCAUCCACCUCCAAUACCCAACAUGUUACAACUCCCUGACGGACAAACUGGCUAUUUGUAUGCAGAGCGUAAGAACUGAACCUCAUUAUGCACAUGCUACUCUACUGUUUGUCCCCUCUCGUGACGUCCAAACUGUCCCCUUGGCAGUCUUCUCUUUGCCUUACUUGUCUCGUCCUAAGAUGCCGGAGCUGGUGUGAAAGGUUAACACAACAGGAAAACGUCUCAUGAAAAGUGCGGCAACGCAGAGACAAGAGAGCGUUGUAGACAGGACAGGUGGCACGUCACUUGCUAUAAAAUGAUGCAACGAAUCACCACUCUGCCAUGUGUCGUUACGCACAGACCCACACAGACAGGUGGAGAUUGAUCACGUGGCUAAAAGGAACAGCUGCUGCAUCUCCAUUACGAACCAUCCAUGUGCUGAAGAGGAAACACAGGUGACACAGAGUGCCAGUCCGUGCCCCAGAUUCAUUCUUAUGUCAUCUCCUCGAUGCUUCAAGAAUCUGUAUCAACACAAUGAUGCUUCUCCAUCAGACCUUGAGAUCCACUUGUAGUUCUACUGUAUAGGAGUCAGGAGAAGAGAUGAGCAGAAUCCUGCCUGUUGAGUUUAGUUGUUAUCAUCCUUAUGUCUCAGAUUUCUUAAGAAUGUGUUUGCACGCAGGGAUCGGCUGAGCCAGGAGGUUUUAGUUGUAUGUUUCACCAUCCUUUAGGUUCACAUUGAAGAGCUGUCGCUUUUCUAUUUGACCACUAGAGGGUGUCAGUGGUCUGUCUGGUAUCCCCUACAUUUUGUAACAUCAAAGUCAUUCCACCCUGAGGACGUGCAGUGGAUUCAACUCAGCAAAUUAUUUCUCCUUCAGGCCUAAACUUGAACAUUGUGGUUCCCAUUCAAGUGUUUGUGUGUGUGUGUGUCUGUGUUUGUGUGACUGAGCACAGCAACAAAUCAGCCUUAGUGUUCAGACUCAUGGGUGAAAAUACUUUGUUGGAAUAUAAUUUCAAUAUCAGUGCCACUUGAUUAUUAUCAUUAUUAUAAUUUUCUUUCUAUAAGAAUAUAUGUGUCAAAAUCUCUAGUUUUUUGUUGAUAUUUAUUUUCUUAUUUGUCUCAAAGAGAAUGUUAUUUUGCACUAGUGGAAAUUUAUUUUCACCUUAUUUCAGGGGGAACAGUCUGCUGGGGAGGGAGAGAAGAUAGCUCAAAUGAAUGGGAAACAUAAAUAUGUGUAUCAAAUGAGCAGGAGGCUGAGUGCGCUGAUAACAAUUUUGCUGUGGGUGGGACGCACUGCUUGUGUUGGCCAUGUGUGUGUGAAUGUUACUCAUUGUGAAUGUUAGCAAAGACGGUCAUAAUACCAAAUCAAACAGAAAUGAGCAUCGCUGAAUGAAAAAGCAAAAAAAUUGACCAAAAUGUGUCGGGAAGCGUUCUGUCUGUCGUACUGGGCUGGAAAUGCUCAAGAACACAAUACAGUGUGAUGACUGUAAAAGAUUGUGCGGCUGAUAAGGCAGAUGUCACUUAAAGGAUCAGUUCACCCAAGUUACAAAAAAUAUAAUUCUCACUUGAAUAUAUUGAGCCAUGCAGAUAGUUUUCGUUUGAUUUCCUCCUUGUUGUGCUUCCAUCCCAAUGCAAUAAAGGUGAAUGGACUUUCAUAUGUGCUGCUUACAACAUUGACUAUGAUUGAUAGUGUUGUAGUCGAUAAUACACAGAACACGCUGUCUUCAGUAGAAAGAUUUCCAAUGCAAAUGGAUUUAAGAGAAAUGUUGCCUAGUCUUAACCUGUCGGGGAGAGCUGAAGCUGUUUCUGUUCCAGAGAGUGUCAAGCAAACGACUUUGGUAGAGGAACAGGAACGUAAGCAAACAGCUUUACCUUCAUCCAUGAUCUUUUCCAUUCGUGCUAUCAAACCCCAAAUGCUUGCACACAUGUGGUUUGGUUUUAUCGUCAGCUGGCUCAGCUCUGUUGUGUGUAGCUGUACAACAGGAGAAACUAAGUAAGAGUGAAACACCCAAUCCGGCUUUUGGAUUCAUUAUACACUGGUUUUUUUUAGCAUGAUAGUUACUUUUCUGACAUUUUGAGGGAAUGGUUCAAUUCAUUGGUACGUUUUUGUUUCCUCAUUUUAAGGGUAGAAUUUCUAAGAUAAAGUGACAGCCUUAGUCCAGUGAUGUCAGGACAGUAGUUUGAUCAGCAAGAACAUUGUUUCCAUAUAGAUUGUUUCUGUUCUAUCAUUUACAGCUCUUAUUAGAGAUGUGGUGAAAUAACCGAUGUUGUACCAUUUUAGUUGACACUUCAAUGGCAAUUUAGUGUAUAAGGUAGCAAGUCUAAGACAUGGGCGCAGACACCAAGGUGCUUUUGUUGAGUAAAAAUGUGGCAUAAGCAGGAGUAGGCAGGUGCUAAUAGCUUGCAAAUAUAAGCAACCACAGUUCCCAAAUUAUGUGGCUGAUAUUUUGUCCUGACUGAUAUAUGAGGUUGACGUCUGCACUUAAGUCUGCUCACUAUAAUUGUUAUACAAAAUGUUCAUUCCACAAACAUCUAUCUCAUGAACCUUUCAUCUUAUCAGCUUCACUCUUAGAAUGUAUUGUAAAUGGCCAGAGAAAGUGCAGUGGCGAGUUUGGUGUGAUUUGGACGUGCAAUAUGUUAAAUAUGAAUCAAAAAUAGUCUGUAAGGGUGGAGGCAAUACAAUCUCAAUUGCUGAUAAAUCAGGAAAGAUGAAAGCAAAGUUUUCUAGCUUCACCCUGAACCAUAGACUGUUUAUACGAAGCACUGCACACAACGUCCAGCACACAAACAAUACAAGGUGACAUCAUAUUGUAGAUCUGUUUAAGGGGGACUCACUAAGGUUAAAUCUAGAGCAUUACCACAAGACAAACAAACGACCCAUUCUAAAUAAGAAUAUUAACUAUUGACCAAUAACUAUGUGUGAUGUGUAAUAGAUGUGAUUAAGAUGCAUCUAUUAAGAUGCAUUUAUUAGUCCCAAACACAUGCACAGACAUGCAAAGGCUCAUGCAGUUAGGGAAAUUUAAUCUCUGCUUUUGAUCCAUCUGGUGCAGGACACACAGAGCACACACAGAGCAGUGAGCGACCAUGUAAGGCGUUCGGGGAGCAGAUGUUGGGGGAGUAAACUGCCUUGCUCAGGGGCACUAGACAGGGUAGGGAGAAUCCUCUUGAAUUUUUGGGCAGAUCAAUCUGGGUUCGUCUUUUGUGAUCUCUCCGUGGAGUCGAACCAGAGACGAACCAGAGACCUUUUCUGCCCAUAGUCCAAGUUUCUGCCACUAGACCACCGCCUCUCCCAUAUAGUUCUGUUAUAGCGAAAAUUCACAGAGGGUUAUCACACUAUCCGCUCUUUGAGGUGUUUGUUAUGGCGUGCUGUUUCGGUUGUUUCUUAUGAGCAUUGUUAACAGACAAGGCAGGUAGCUGAAAAAGCCAUGAUCAACCUGCAGUAUAUACGCUACGUGCUCAGCGCCAAAAGACAGACGGACAAACCUGGCGUAGUGGAUAGUGGAGCGUUAAGCAGCUAAAGAGAUAUUUCCCUCAGGUUUUGCUAGAGAGAACAGUGAUAUAAAAGAGAGUCAACAUUGGUUGUUGGAAACAAAUACAACUUCAAACUUCUAAUUUUGCCCUGCAUUUGACAACAAGUUCAACAUAUCAACUGACGAUACGUCUGUGGUGCAUUAACAAAAAGGUAGUCAAUGCAUCAAUGCUUUUUGUGGGAUCGCACACAAUCUUUCAAAAAUAGGACAAGAUGGUGAAUAUCCCUUGUAUGUUUAAAGGUCUUCAGCACAAGUUUGAUGAUAGGUUGCCAACCACUAGUUGAUGGCAGGGAUCAACAGCAAAUGUUAGCGACCACCAGCGGACGCUCAGGAUGUAUCAUUAGUUGUGUAGCUUAGCAUCAUCUGGUAUUUUUGCCUAGACACCUUCUUCUAAGGCAGGGCCACCACAGGGUGUUCAGACCUGGGUGUGUGUCACUAACACCUUGGGACCCAGUUGGGAUCUCUCCUCCAGAUCCAGAGCCAUUGGCUGCAGCUUGUCCAUGGAUUCCAGACCUUGAGCAGCUUGAUGGUGGAUCUCUCUAACAUCUCAAAAUCUGGACACAUUUAACCAAAACUGUUUGCAUGGCUAUGCACCACAAAGUGUGACUUAGAUCAUUUUUCUGUUUCAGGUGAACAGACCCUUUACAAUAAUAAUGUUUAAGUAGGCACGUUUGUAACAGUGAGGACGUUGUUUGAGACUCCAGAGAGAACCUCCUUCCUUCAUGUCAUCCUGUGGUCUGAUUCCCGAACUGCCAGGACCUGGGUCGUGUUUGUCAAUUGCCUCACCCAGUCUGGGCGUCCUAUACAGUUGGACUGCUUUAAUCAAGCCAUAUUAAAAACUAGAAGUGUUGUUAUUGAAAACAUUUCAUAGCAUUUCUGCUGGGGUUAAAUAAAUGUUGUAUGUUUGACAAAGUGUACCAUACUGUAUGUAGAGCUGACUGAUUCAACAACCUCUGGGUGUGCAGUCAUAGAAGCUGGAGCGGCUGGAUGAUUUCAAUAAAAGUUAGCUGUGACAAUUUUA